CUGGCGUAUUUCCUACUGUCGCCGGGAGGAUUUCCGCAGGAGAAGCCGUUUGUGUUCGGGCAAGCCUUUUGCGCUCUACUAUCGCUGCUGACAAGAUUACUUACUGCUUGGCAUCUUACUGAAAAAUCGACCCGUGGACUUCUGAUAUCGGACAAAUUCAUUCUGUGCGCUUUUCUAACCGAAGGAUCGUGGCUUCUUUGCGAAUGUGUCAAGCUAUUCACUUACCAGAAAACUAAUCAGGAUGAAAUUGAUGCAAUGUGCAAGAGAACAACGCUGUGGCUCGAGGGAAAAGGUUCAUUCUACCUGGAAAACGCGUUCUAUAUCGAUGCUGCUGUCAGCCUUAUGAUGGCCUUCACUCACUUCGCUUUCCCUCAACACAUCCUGAAAAUCAUUACCUCGGAGUACGCUCUUGACUCACAUCAUAUCCUGUGGUGUCGUAUGUUCGGAUGUCUCAGUCUGCUGGCAGCUCUGUGUUCGCUUUCGGCCCGUUAUCUCCCUCCACACGUCCAGACCCAUUACCUUGCCAGUCGUCUUCUCGCCCAAGUCAUGGUGUUCCUCUUGAACGUAUUCGGCCACUGGUAUCUCGGUAUCUUCUCACCAAAUCACAUCUCUGGCUUCAUGAUCUCUGGAUUCUAUAUGUCAUUCCUGUUCUCCGCCUUCUACCGUGCAUCUUCACAAUACAAGGUUCGUUUUCCAUUUUCUUGUGAUUGGUUGUUGAAACACAAGAGUUUACUAGAUUAG